AUGUCUCCUGUGGACUUAUCAAGAAGGCCCAGCUUAGCAACAGUUAGCACCUCUAUCGGGACGGAUGUAAUCACUCAGAGACACUGCAAGAGGGCCACUCUCUCGGACAGCAUAUGUACCGUUAAAGAAAUUGGACUCAAAACGGAGUCCUGUCCACGUUCGUUACUCCAUAGACCUUCAAUGCUAGAUUUGAUUGAUGAUACAACAUUGACUUCGCUACCACUACCCCCACCUCUGAAACCUAAAUCGAGGUCUUCUUCACCUACUAGGACUUCGAUGAGCAAUGCAUCAACGCCAAACACAAGCUCUUUAAGAAAUGAGAUUUCAGAAGUGGAGAGUAGCAACUUAGAUGAUACACAACAAUAUGAGGAAGGUGACAGCCAAUAUGAAGAAGGGGACACUCAAGAUCCAAUUGUGUUGAUUGAAGAUUAUGUUGACGAACGAGUUGAGAGUGUCCUAGAAAACAACACGCUUAAGCGAAAGGAAUCGUUAGCUAAAUUUAAGGAGAAGCUUUGGAACGUUGAGAAUGAUUUAAAACCUCUUUUAGAAGGCUCAAAAACAGACGAAAUUGUUACUGCAGACCUGAAGAUAGGAGCUGGCAUCUUUAACGACAGGAUUAAUGAAAAAAAGAGGAAUCGAUCUAUUUCUAAUGAAACCAUCAUGAAGCAUAUGACAAUUGAAUCCCGAUCAGAGAACUUAGAACAAAUAUUUGGCGAAAUUCCGGGAGCAAGUGACCUUAAGCAUUGUGAUCUAUGUGAAAAGCCACUAUAUGAAAUUAGUUCAAUAAUCUACGCUUGUGAAUCCGACAAAGAAAACACCCUAAAAUUUGGGGAUUUUAGUAAAAAAAAUCACUUACAUCGUACUCAUCUGUAUCAUGAGUUUAUUUGUUGGGAAUGCACGGAGACUUAUGAAGAUUUCUUCGAUGAAUUGUAUCAGAUAGAGCUAAAUGCACCUAGUAAUAUCACCCCACCUCCAAAAGCAAGAGAUAAAGAUGAGUUUAUGACAACAAAAAAAAAGCUCUGGCAUAUGUUUCAAGGAAUUCAAGAAAAGUAUAGUCAAAGACAACCUACAGUACAGAUGACGUCUAAUUUUAACCUUAAUUCAAAGCAAUUAAACUCCAAACCUUCAUUCACAGCAAAACUAUUGAAUCAAAUUAAGAACUGUAAAUCUGCCUGA